AGCUCAGCACAAUGUGUGUACAUGGUGAGCAUGCCUUGUAAAAUUCACUCGUAUCCGAAUCAAGCUAACUGCAAGCUUGUUGGAAAUGGAACUAGUGCGCAAGUAGUAUAUCGACAAGCAGAUUGAGUUAGCCCAGCAGGUUACUGAGAAGGGGUUGCAUUGGUCGCCAGCUUGACACUGUAAUUAGUGGUCUGGCAAAACCUGUGGCCAAGAUUAUGCAGAUUCCAUUAAUAGUGAGAGACAGGCAGAUUUGUGACAAUUUCUCUCAGGAGCUUGGCGACUAUGGAUGUGUCAGAGCUACAAAGUGGCACAUUGACAUGGAUGUCCAACUCUACCGAUCAAAACACUCUGGUUCUACAAGACCCAGACUAUGGUUUGGACAUCCUCCGUCGCAUAAAUACACUGCGCAGUGAACGUGUGUUCACUGAUGCGUCCAUCUGUGUUGGACAAGAGGAGUUUCCCUGCCAUAGAAAUGUACUGGCUGCCAGUAGCCCCUACUUCAAGGCCAUGUUCACCAGUGACCUUCGCGAGGGUCUUGAGACUGUAGUGUCCAUUAAUGAAGUUUCCCCUUGGAUCCUUAAGAGAAUCCUUGAUUAUGUGUACACGGGACGUGUGGAAAUUACAACCGAUAAUGCCCAAGAGCUACUGGCUGCUGGCAGUCUUUUCAACUACCCUGCUAUCAUUGAAGCGUGCUGUGAGUUCCUGAAAUGUCAACUUUUCGAAUCGAAUUGCCUGGGUAUUGAGAAUUUUGCAAUGCUACAUUCUUGUAAAAGGCUUCAAGAAGAUUCUCACAAGUUUGCAUUGGAAAACUUCAGUGCAGUUGUGGAGUUUGAGGAAUUUCUGGAAUUAAGUGUAGAGAGACUGAAAGUGUAUGUAUCUAGUGACUGGAUAGAUGUUAGGACAGAGGAAACCGUAUACGAGGCAAUAAUGCGAUGGCUUCAUUAUGACCUUGAUGACAGGAAGUACUUGAUGUUUCAGAUACUGGAAUUUGUGCGUCUACCUAUUGUCGAUAUGAGCCGACUGAAACUGAUAGAACAGGACCCUCUGAUUCAAAGUUGUGAGAAAUGUAUGUUACUGGUGAAGGAGGCACAAGAGCAGCAUGAGUCUAUUCACGACCAACAUGGCCGACGACGACGCAGCAUGCAGAACAGCCAGGUUCAUCCUCGACCGUCCACCGUUGCUAAGGAGAAGAUGGUAGUAGUCAGUGGGUGGAAUAGCUACGUAACACGUAAGGUGGAGAUGUAUGACCCUCAGAAAGACAGGUGGUCUGACUUACCUGAUUUCCCAAAAGCUGUGUCAUGGUUUAGUGUAUGUGCAGUGUCAAACUGCAUUGUUGUGACUGGCGGUAUCCUUGAUGCCAGAAUCAUAAAAAACUGCUGGAAGUUUGACAGUGUCAAACGGACUUGGACGGAGAUAGAACCCAUGACGAAGCCUCGUGCCCGACACGCUUCCGAGGCACUUGACGAUCGUCUGUACGUUUUUGGUGGCGUGACCUAUGAUGCCUUUAACUCACAGGUUGACCUUGACCAUAUAGAGUGUUACGAUUCCAUCCUCAAUACUUGGAGUGUUGUGGGACGCUCCUCAUUUCCACGAAAACAGUCACAGGUGGUGUUGUUUGGGGACAUAUUGGUGGAGGUUGGUGGUUUACAAGGUGGAGGUCAAGAGGGCGGGGCAAAGGUCGACACCAUGGACAGCUACAAGUGCUCAGAGAAUGGUGAACUUCGCUCACCUGGAGAACAGUUUAUCCUGCCAGAACCAAUUCAAUUUGCCAAAAUUCUUGUCAUAAAUGGAAUAUUCUAUAUUAUAUGGGAGGACUUGAAGAAAAUGAUAGCACUAGAUCCUAGCAGACGCACAUUCCAGAGUCUUGCAGACACUCACUAUGCUCACAAGCACAGUGGGGCCACAGUCCUUGGUGAUAAGAUUUAUAUCACAGGGGGCAUCGUCGACUCGCGCCCCAGCAGCAUAGUUGAGUGUUACGACACCACAACCGAUACGUGGACUGUGGGCAAGUCAAUGACAGAGACUCGUGCAUUCCAUGGUUGUGUGACAAUUCAAUUAUAGAAGUUCUCUCUGAACAGCACACAAGUGUUAUGUAUUUAUAAUGUAUAGCUAUAUUGAAGUAUUACAACUAAAGUUGACCGUCUUGCUAGAUGCUAGAUUUUAUUGCCAAAACACACUACUGACAGUUUAGCCAUUGUGGAUUGUAUGGGACGAUUUAGUUUUAUCAAACAUUCUGUGAAAUAGAUGAAGUAUGGCUUUGAUGAAUGGUAUUGUAUUGGCUAUUGUAAAAAAAAUAUAUGAUGUAAAGUUAUACUGAGCACAGGCAUUUGCUUCUGGUAAUUAGUAUUUAUAGAAAAAAUAUUAGCCCCUAUAACGAUCAUAGAUCUGUCAUUAUGGAAAACAAAAUCAAUGGAUCUGUUGUAAAGAAAAGUUUUUUAAGGAAAACACUGAAAAAAGGGUCUAAUCUUUUUUGACUUUGGAUAUUAAAUGAGAUUUCGACAUCAGAUUAUGUGUUACUGAUUCAUAUGUCAGUGUAUAUUAUAAGACUCUAUCAUAUGUGGUUAUGUAGGAUAGGGAUAUUCCA